AUGUAUUCUUUGAACGAGCUGCAGAUGAUGGUUGGACUUCAACACCUCACUUCACUUAGACGUUUGGUAAUUGACAGAUGUCCUAAACUUUUGUCUUUGCUAGACAAUGAUGUUGAGGUGGGACUGCGAGGGGGAGUGGGAGAGGGAGUACUGGUCCUUCCGUCUUGCAUUGAAUAUAUGGAACUUUCCUAUUGUGACAGCCUAAAGAAGCGACCACAAAGCCUAUGCAACCUUCAUUGCCUUAAAGACGCAAUGAUUGAAGGGGCUGUAGGACUGACAUGCUUGCCUAAAGGGCUGGACAAACUCACGUCUCUCCAGACAAUGACAAUUUCAAAGUGUCCAAAUCUUGUGUCCUUGGCGGAAAGGAAGUUGCCAAUUGGACUUCAAUCUUUUUCUAUUGAAGAUUGCCACAAUCUUGAGUCCCUGCCGGAGGAGCUGGACAAACUCACGUCUCUCCAGAUAAUGAGAAUUUCAAAGUGUCCAAAUCUUGUGUCCUUGGCGGAAAUGAAGUUGCCAAUUGAACUUCAAUCUCUUUCUAUUAAAGAAUGCUUAGCUCUUGAGUCCUUUCCAGAUAUGGGGUUACCCACUACGCUUGUGAAUCUGUUCAUUGAAAAAUGUGGAAAACUGAAUUCUUUGCCUCAGGGACUGCACAAACUCAGAAACCUUGAAGCACUGUAUAUUAUGGAAUGCUCUUUUCUUAUGGAUUGCAAACAUCUUGAACCCCUCUGUAGCUUGGGCCUUCAAAAUCUUACCUCUCUUAAAAGUGUCACCAUUGUUGGAUGUCCUGAUCUUGUGUCCAUUCUAAAGGGCCUGCUUCCCACCAAUCUUGAGUAUUUUUACAUCACUGACUGCCCAAUUCUUGAAUCCCUACAUGAUGGACUCUCUGACCUAAACUCUCUUAAUCAUUUGAGUAUCAUUAAUUGUCCAAUACUAGCACAACGAUACCAACAGAAGAAAGGAGACGAGUGGUCCAAGAUUGCCCAAAUCCCUGACGUACAGAUAGAUGGCCGAAGGCAAUACUUUAAUGAGGUGAAUGACGUUGGUGAGGAGAAUGACAUUGAUGAGGAGAAUGACAAGAUGUGA